ACAGCCUCCCUUCCUUCUUUCUCCCUCCGCCUCCCGAGCACCAGCGCGCUCUGAGCUGCCCCCGGGGUCCCUCCCCCGCCGCCAGCAGCCCAUUUGGAGGGAGGAAGUAAGGGAAGAGAAGAGGAAGGGGAGCUGGAGCGACUACCCAGACAGAGCCGGUGAAUGGGCUUGUGGUGACCCCCGCCCCCCACCCCACCCUCCCUUCCCACCCGACCCCCAACCCCCAUCCCCAGUUCGAGCCGCCGCCCGAAAGGCCGGGCCGUCGUCUUAGGAGGAGUCGCCGCCGCCGCCACCUCCGCCAUGGAGCUGAUCACCAUCCUCGAGAAGACCGUGUCUCCCGAUCGGCUGGAGCUGGAAGCGGCGCAGAAGUUCCUGGAGCGUGCGGCCGUGGAGAACCUGCCCACUUUCCUUGUGGAACUGUCCAGAGUGCUGGCAAAUCCAGGAAACAGUCAGGUUGCCAGAGUUGCAGCUGGUCUACAAAUCAAGAACUCUUUGACAUCUAAAGAUCCAGAUAUCAAGGCACAAUAUCAGCAGAGGUGGCUUGCUAUUGAUGCUAAUGCUCGACGAGAAGUCAAGAACUAUGUUUUGCAGACACUGGGCACAGAAACUUACCGGCCUAGUUCUGCCUCACAGUGUGUGGCUGGUAUUGCUUGUGCAGAGAUCCCAGUAAACCAGUGGCCAGAACUCAUUCCUCAGCUGGUGGCCAAUGUCACAAACCCCAACAGCACAGAGCACAUGAAGGAGUCGACAUUAGAAGCCAUCGGUUAUAUUUGCCAAGAUAUAGACCCAGAGCAGCUACAAGAUAAAUCCAAUGAGAUUCUGACUGCCAUAAUCCAGGGGAUGAGGAAAGAAGAGCCUAGUAAUAAUGUGAAGCUAGCUGCUACUAAUGCACUCCUGAACUCAUUGGAGUUCACCAAAGCAAACUUUGAUAAAGAGUCUGAAAGGCACUUUAUUAUGCAGGUGGUCUGUGAAGCCACACAGUGUCCAGAUACGAGGGUACGAGUGGCUGCUUUACAGAAUCUGGUGAAGAUAAUGUCCUUAUAUUAUCAGUACAUGGAGACAUAUAUGGGUCCUGCUCUUUUUGCAAUCACAAUCGAAGCAAUGAAAAGUGACAUUGAUGAGGUGGCUCUACAAGGGAUAGAAUUCUGGUCCAAUGUCUGUGAUGAGGAAAUGGAUUUGGCCAUUGAGGCUUCAGAGGCAGCAGAACAAGGACGGCCCCCUGAGCACACCAGCAAGUUUUAUGCCAAGGGAGCACUACAGUAUCUGGUUCCAAUCCUCACACAGACACUAACUAAACAGGACGAAAAUGAUGAUGAUGAUGACUGGAACCCCUGCAAAGCAGCAGGGGUGUGCCUCAUGCUUCUGGCUACCUGCUGUGAAGAUGACAUUGUCCCACAUGUCCUCCCCUUCAUUAAAGAACACAUCAAGAACCCAGACUGGCGGUACCGGGAUGCAGCAGUGAUGGCUUUUGGUUGUAUCUUGGAAGGACCAGAGCCCAGUCAGCUCAAACCACUAGUUAUACAGGCUAUGCCCACCCUAAUAGAAUUAAUGAAAGACCCCAGUGUAGUUGUUCGAGAUACAGCUGCAUGGACUGUAGGCAGAAUUUGUGAGCUGCUUCCUGAAGCUGCCAUCAAUGAUGUCUACUUGGCUCCCCUGCUACAGUGUCUGAUUGAGGGUCUCAGUGCGGAACCCAGAGUGGCUUCAAAUGUGUGCUGGGCUUUCUCCAGUCUGGCUGAAGCUGCUUAUGAAGCUGCAGACGUUGCUGAUGAUCAGGAAGAACCAGCUACUUACUGCUUAUCUUCUUCAUUUGAACUCAUAGUUCAGAAGCUCCUAGAGACUACAGACAGACCUGAUGGACACCAGAACAACCUGAGGAGUUCUGCAUAUGAAUCUCUGAUGGAAAUUGUGAAAAACAGUGCCAAGGAUUGUUAUCCUGCUGUCCAGAAAACGACUUUGGUCAUCAUGGAACGACUGCAACAGGUUCUUCAGAUGGAGUCACAUAUCCAGAGCACAUCCGAUAGAAUCCAGUUCAAUGACCUUCAGUCUUUACUCUGCGCAACUCUUCAGAAUGUUCUUCGGAAAGUGCAACAUCAAGAUGCUUUGCAGAUCUCUGAUGUGGUUAUGGCCUCCCUGUUAAGGAUGUUCCAAAGCACAGCUGGGUCUGGGGGAGUACAAGAAGAUGCCCUGAUGGCAGUUAGCACACUGGUGGAAGUGUUGGGUGGUGAAUUCCUCAAGUACAUGGAGGCCUUUAAACCCUUCCUGGGCAUUGGAUUAAAAAAUUAUGCUGAGUACCAGGUUUGUUUGGCAGCUGUGGGCUUAGUGGGAGACUUGUGCCGUGCCCUGCAAUCCAACAUCAUACCUUUCUGUGACGAGGUGAUGCAGCUGCUUCUGGAAAAUUUGGGGAAUGAGAACGUCCACAGGUCUGUGAAGCCGCAGAUUCUGUCAGUGUUUGGUGAUAUUGCCCUUGCUAUUGGUGGAGAGUUUAAAAAAUACUUAGAGGUUGUAUUGAAUACUCUUCAGCAGGCCUCCCAAGCCCAGGUGGACAAGUCAGACUAUGACAUGGUGGAUUAUCUGAAUGAGCUAAGGGAAAGCUGCUUGGAAGCCUAUACCGGAAUCGUCCAGGGAUUAAAGGGGGAUCAGGAGAACGUACACCCGGAUGUGAUGCUGGUACAACCCAGAGUAGAAUUUAUUCUGUCUUUCAUUGACCACAUUGCUGGAGAUGAGGAUCAUACAGAUGGAGUAGUAGCUUGUGCUGCUGGACUAAUAGGGGACUUAUGUACAGCAUUUGGGAAGGAUGUACUGAAAUUAGUAGAAGCUAGGCCAAUGAUCCAUGAAUUGUUAACUGAAGGGCGGAGAUCGAAGACUAACAAAGCAAAAACCCUUGCUACAUGGGCAACAAAAGAACUGAGGAAACUGAAGAACCAAGCUUGAUCUGUUACCAUUGGGAUGAUAACCUGAGGACCCCCACUGGAAAUCUCCAAUCUUUUGAAAAACCUGGAAGUGAGGAGUGUGCACGGAUGCUGAAUGUUUGGGAAUGAGAGGAUGAGUGAGUGAGGCUUGAAAACACACCACAUUGAAAAUCCUGCCACAGCAGCAGCCGCAGCCGCCAACAGCAGCGCUGUUAGUGAGCUAAGUAAGCACUGACUUCGUAGAAAACCAUAACAUCGGCCAUCUUGGAAAAGAGAAAAACAAUGGAGUUACUUAUUAAAAAAAAAAGAAAGAAAGAAAGAAAGCUGUCUCUUCCCAGGAGAGGCUAGAAGUAGCUUUUCUGUCUUUUGGCCGGUGCCGAGUGGAAUGCCUGGUUUGGGGGAGGAGGAGGGACUGGGUUCAGCUGUGGUGCUUUGUUGUAAAAGGCAGCCUGGCCUUUGCUACUGAGGAGAAAGAUGGAGCCUGGGUCUCAAGCCAACCUUCGCUGUACCUUUGCCACAUGGUACUGUAUGCUUGCCAGCUAGAAGGAGGGUGAGGGAUUUUUUACAGUCUGAGAAUGAGUGUGUGUGAGUGAGGCGGUAUCCACAUUCUCAACUUCAAAUCAUUGCAGUUUCUUUUUCCCAGAAAACAAGGGGUUAGAUGUUGCAUUUCAUAAAACUAACCGAAGUUCUGUCUACUGAUGCAGCACAAGAGAUGUAAAAAAAAAAAAAAAAAAACAAAAAAAAAAACAACAAAAAAAAACAUACACAGAGGAAAGACGCUCUUUAGGUUUUGUUUUUUGUUGUUUUUUGUUUUUUUUUGGUUUUGUUUUUUGUUUUUUUUACUCUAGGGAAAACACUGACGAAUGGUCAGAGCUCCUAUCCUGAUCUUUUCAUCAAGGCGCCUUUCCUAAUAUGGUUCAACUGUGAAUGUAGAAGUGGGGGGGAGGGGGGAGAAAAAGAAAACUCUGGCGUUAGAGGAUAUAGAAAAAUAUAAGUACAAUUGUUACAAAUAACGCAGACUUCAAAAACAAAAAAGUCACAACCCAAACAAACCAAAAUUUAAAUGAUCAGAAUUGGCAGCACAAAGAAAACGCCCUCUCCUGACUUGUAUUGUGGCAGUCUGAAUGCCCCCAGAAAAUUGUGCCAAAGAGUUUAGAAAAAUAAAUAUACAAUAAAAGUAAACACAUACACACAAAACAGCAAACUUCAGGUAACUAUUUUGGAUUGCAAACAGGAUAAAUUAAAUGUUCAAACAAUCUGAUAAAAUAACCAUUUGGAAACUG